CUCUUCUCUUCUCUUCUCUUCUCCUUUCUUCACCCUCCCCUCUCACUAACGCUCUAGGCAUUCCACUAUUACCCUCAUCCCCUCUGAACUGUUUUCUGCCUCUCCUCUUUGUUUCUGUGAAGCAAAGGACCUCAUUGGCGACAGAGAACAACCUAGAUUUGCUCAAAUCCAACGUUAGCAACCAUUCUCAGAUGGAAGCAAUGAAUACAUCAUUUCCACAUGUCACGAUUAGGGGACCAGAAGAAACCAACGGCAAUGCUGCUGAAUUGGAGGAUUUCAAGCGUUGUGUUGAUGAAAUGUUCACAAAGGUUGAUGAGCUUGAGGAACAAUUGAACAAAGUUGAACAGUUCUACUCUAUCUCAAGUAAAAAGCAAUUGAACACUUCUAAAGGUAGCUCAAUUAUGAAAGACAGAGAUAAGGAGAAACAGAUUGCUUGUUUCAAAAAGCGGCAGCAGGAUGCAUCACAUAGAGAAGCAGCUGCUGCAAGGAGAAUGCAAGAACUUAUACGUCAAUUUGGCACAAUAUUACGUCAGAUCACUCAACACAAGUGGGCAGGGCCAUUUAUGCAACCCGUGGAUGUUGUAGGUCUUGGUUUGCACGACUACUAUGAGGUUAUUGAGAAGCCCAUGGACUUUAGUACUGUUAAAAAGAAAAUGGAGGCCAAGGAUGGUACUGGAUAUAAGAACGUCCGAGAAAUAUGUGCAGAUGUGAGGCUGAUUUUUAAGAAUGCUAUGAAAUAUAAUGAUGAAAGGGAUGAUGUCCAUGUGAUGGCCAAAACUUUGUUGGCUAAAUUUGAGGAAAAGUGGCUGCAACUUUUGCCGAAAGUUGAUGAAGAGGGAAAAAGGCGAAAAGAGGAGGAAGCAGAGGCACAUUUUGAUACACAGCUUGCUCAGGAGGCUGCUCAUGCCAAAAUGGCUAGGGAUUUAAGUGCUGAGCUUGAUGAGGUUGAUACGCAUUUGGAACAACUCAGAGAAAUGGUGCUUCAAAAAUCCAGAAAAAUGACUACUGAAGAGAAAAGAAGACUUGGGACAGCUCUCACCCAUUUGUCUGCUGAAGAUCUAAAUAAGGCACUGCUAAUUGUUGCUCAAAAUAACCCAAGCUUCCAACCAACGGCUGAAGAGGUGGACCUUGACAUGGAUGCUCAGACUGAAUCCACGUUGUGGAAGUUGAAGUUCUUUGUGAAGGAUUCUCUGGAGGUUCAGGGAAAAACUUCUGCAAGCAUGGGUGGUGGCAACAUCAACAAUAACAUUCCCACGAAUCAAAACAAUAACAACAAUAACAAUAAACGAAAAAAAGAGAUUUGUGAUGCUCUUGCCAAGACUUCUCAGAAAAGGAGCAAAAAGGUCUCCUCUUAA